AUGGAAAAGCUCCAACUGGAGCGAAAUGAACUUCUCUUAUACGUCCUACAGAACCCACCACCGUAUGUGACAAUUGUUUUGCCUGAGGGUGUCCGCUCUGCAGCAGAACUUGAUCUCACGCAUACCCAGUCCCCACUCGCUGUGUAUGCCGCUGCCACUGCUUCUAACCCCAUUGAAGUACGGGUGAGCGCCCCGCCUACGUUGUUGGGAGAUAGUGCAGAGAAGAAAAAGAAAAAAUGUGGAUUAGGAACGACGGGGUCAGGGAUUAAUAGCCCAAGCAAAGGUAAAAGGCCCCGUUUUCGCUGGAAAGAUCUGUCCAACUACUUCAUGAGCCAUCUUCGCGGCGACAGUCAAACGAUGUGUAGCCCAGAGAAAACACCACCUGCCACACCCUCACGGUUGGAUGCUGCGAUGUCCAACCCUGAAAGGAAGCACUCACUACACGCCUAUGUGACGGAGCCCAGCAAAAGUGAGGGUGGUCACGUUAUUCAACUGUCGAAGUGCACUUCCGCCCGCCGUGAGCCGUUACCACUUGAGGGCAAGCAAGGGUAUUCAUUGGCGGAGUAUGUGACUCCAUUUCUAUCACAAACACAAGUUUCCGUGCAAAAUCCAUUGGAACGCCCCGUUCUGCCAGUGAUUGAACUUUGUCCAGUACUGAAUAGUGCCAUGCUUCCUGAGUUUGAUGAAGAUGAGCGGCAGUUGCUGUUUUACGAGCACGUGGUGCUCGCGGCAAGUAUUUUGCUUCCUGCACGUGGUGCCUGGUUUGACAGCAAGGUUGGGAGUAGGUAUCGGAAAGCCAUGGGUAUCAGCAACGAGCAACAUGUGCGCGUUCUCAGUAACAUUUCCCCCGCAAUAAAAGAGGGACAAGACACAUUGAAUAUGCCCAUCAACCUCCAAACUAUUGAGCGGCUUGUGGAAACUAGCUCUGACGGUGACUUUACCCAGCGAAUGAAUAAAAUACUGUGUAUGUGUUCCCAGUAUCCGGAGGACCCGCAGCAGCGAAGGUAUCCACUUUGCCUUCGCGCAUUUAUCUAUGCUGGUGCACUUUCGCCUCUGUAUGGAAGUAACAGCAGCGCGGAUACUGUUCUUUUUGAAGAAGAGGUCCGCGAUGUCAUCACCGCGGUCCGAAACAGAUUGGAAAUACCGAAAAGUAUCGAGCCCUUCUGCCGCGUCCAUGCGCGGCUCCUUUCAAUUGAUGAUGAUGAUGACGUCGAGAGGCGAACUGCCUUCCUGAUGGGUGUGGCAUCCGCAUUACAUGAAUUGUCGAAAAGCACGGGUUCUCUCAGUAGAGAACCACUAACACCAGAGGUAAAAUAUAUGUUGUACUUGUUGCAGGAAACGUUUGAAAUGUCAACUGCACCCAUUUCACUGCUGGGAGUCGUACGCUCUGAUUAUGCCUUCCUCUGCGUGUUCGAUUUGUUUCUGGAGUCGUGCUUGUCACUUCCGACAGAAUUCCUUUCAGUGUACGUUCAGGUGAAUGGACGUGACUUAUUGCCGCCGAUGAGGCCCGUAAAAGACUUCCUUCUAAGCUUACUUUUGGUGUUCAUCACGUGCGGGGUGCUACGAAGCUUUUGCAACUUAAAACUUGAAAUCAAUCCUCGUAAUGCGCCACGGGAUCUCCUUGCGAGUGUUCGCCAUCUGGGCAGGAGCACACGUGAGUAUUGCGACCUCCUUUCCCGCAGUGUUCAGCAUGCGCCCGCCCUCAUGUUACCUGGUGUGACAACUGUGGCUUCUCAUCUCUUAGCUACGCAUUGGGCUGAUACGUUGAGUUGCGAGCGAUUGCCGUCUGACUUCUCGGAAGGACUCCGCACGAUGUUGUCCCUUUUACUUACGUACUCUUCGCCUGGCAUGGAGAACGACGAGGACGUGAGCCACACGAUCCUUGCCUGUGCGGGAAACCUUUCCUGGGUAGUUCCCGUCAUGGAGAGGCACAACUGCGCUGCUAAGGGAAGAGUUCUGGCGAGGCUCCAAGCUGCGAAGGCAGUUGCAAAAGCCGGGGUUCCAGUGCAGAGACUUAUGUUGAACCGCAUCGAGGAGCUUAUGGAAGAACUAGAGUCGUUCAUAUCCCCUCCUCCACUUGUUCCAGCGGCGGCUAAUGUGGUGCGUCAACGGUUGUCGCUUGUCGUAGACACACUUAGUGACAUAUUUGCUGAUAUGAAGGCCCCUUACACCCGUCUUAGCUCGCGCAGCGGUUCCCUAGCGACGAAGGCUGGAGGUUACUUUGAGGAGUACAAGGCGCAAUUGGAACUUCAAGAAAAGGUGUUUUCUUUGUCCCUAUCAACAGAGGACGCUGUAGCGCGACUGAAAUGCUUAUCUGUAAUCGAUGAGAGACUAAGGAAAAUUGCAAUACAAUCCCAAAGAGACUACCAGUUGGUGCGCCAAGUAACUGGUGCACCGGCCGCCGGAUUUGAAGACCUGCUCGGCACCCUUACGAACCCGCUGAGCGAAAGCAUCAACAUGUUUCGCGAUGUUGUAGCAGCGACUAUCGUUCGUGUUGAGCUUGCUGGGCUGCUCUUCGACAAGUUCAUGAAGACAGACAUGCGAUUGUACAAAGUUCUGAAGUCCGAUAAGGCGGCUGUCCCGGACCGGCGACACAUUCAGCUUGAGUUUCCCGAAGUGACGAUGGUUUCUGUGCUUAAGCGAUUGGAAUCUGUCAUCGUUUCUGUUUCUGCUGUUAUUAACGACCCUUUUGUGGAUGCUGAGGUGUGGUCGAUGACCAUGUUGCACUUCGUUUCUGCGCUCUACUAUGUGUAUUUUGAAGAGUCAGAUUGUCGGUUCUUUUGUCCAGAAGACUGGAAAUGCAUUUUGCAGGACCUCCGGAUCGUUGACAUGUUCAUGAAGGAAUCUUUUCCGUACCCUCCACGUGGUGAGCCAGCUAGAGGCGUUACCGAAAGGGCCGUGGAGCUGCUGCGUUGGCUUCAGCAAAUUGUUCUCCAUUGCUUUCCCUACUCUUCCACUGCACUUGUUAACGGGGCUGAUGGAGCUCCUCCAUUUGCUCAGUUACCACCGUCUUCCGAUACCACGCCUUGGAGCAAACAUGUGGUGCGCCGGGUGUUAAGGCGCCGGAAGGAUAAGGUGGCGAAGUCUGCUUCAGGCUUGGGUGGUUUCUUUCGUUGGGAUACUUCGCAGUGA